UCAGGACAGGUGCAGUCAUUACUCAUAGUGGCGUUUCUGUCAGCAAGCCAAAGCGUUUAGAUGGGCGACAACAGAAAGCUGCAGCUUUAACCUUAAACUUAUCAGAAUGACAGUUAUUUUGGCAAUACAAAGCUGUCAGAAAAAACAGUAAUAGCAGACAGAGAGAGUUUUUAUUCUGUCUAGCAGUGUAUUGCUGUAGUGAAGAUGGCGCAAGCACUGUCAGAAGAGGAGUUCCACCGUAUGCAGGCUCAGCUCUUGGAGCUGAGAACACAGAACUACCAUCUAUCUGAUGAGCUGCGGAAAAAUACAGCGGAGCUCAACAGUGUCCGUCUGAAGACCUCGAACUUGGAGAAAGACUUUAUUAAAGCACAGAAGGCUUUGAACAAGAGCAAGAAAGCACAGGAGGUAGACGCCUUACUCAAUGAGAAUGAGAUGCUUCAGGGCAAGUUGCACAGUCAGGAAGAAGACUUCAGACUGCAGAACAGCACCCUUAUGCAAGAGCUAUCCAAGUUAUGUUCCCAGAUCGAGCAGUUAGAGUCAGAGAAUCGAGGAUUAAGGGAGGGUCAAGGUCUGGAAAGACCCGCCUCCAGCCCCGCCUCUGGUCCAGUGGAUGCUGAGCUCCUGCGCCUACAGGCUGAAAACUCUGCCCUGCAGAAGAAAUUGACAGCUCUUCAAGAGCGUGCAGAUGUUACUGAUGGAAAAGCAGCUCUCAUUGAUGGAAUGACGGGCACUAACGGUGUCCAAUCAGAUGCCAGCAGUCACAGUGAUGACCCUUCUGCCUCGGGAAAUGAUCAGAUUGAUCAGGCCGAAGUGCAAAGCGUCAAACUGGAACAGCGAGAUAAUGAACUGAGCGAGGUGGCAUUAAAGCUUCAAACGGAAAUGGAGGAGAAAUGCUUACUGAGGGAACAACUCCAGACACUAGAGAUGUCCAAGCAGACAGAAAUCACAAAACUACAAGAAGAAAAUGCUAAAUUGUCUGAUAAGUUGAAGAAAAAACAAGAAAGCUUCCAGCGGCUACAAGUUGAGAAGGAAGCACUUUACAAUGACAGCAGGACUAAAAUUGAUGAGAUCCAACAGAGGAAAGAGGAGGAACUCAAAUCCAUAAACCUUCGCGUGCAGAAAUUGCAGGCAGAUUUAAUGGCCGCCAACCAGAACGUCACUGAACUGAAGGAGCAGUUGCAGAGCAAACACAAAGAGCAUGAGAUGGCCAUCCAUGCGCUCAAAGAUCAGGUAGCGUGUCAGAGCGCGGUCAGUCAGGAGCAGGUGGAGGGCAUGCUGAGUGAGAACGAUGCUCUCAGGACAAAUCUAGCAGCCCUAGAACAGAUCCAAACAGUAAAGACUCAGGAACUGAAUUUGUUGAGAGAGCAAAAUCUGGCUCUCAACGCAGAGCUUCAGCAGAGGCGUACAGAUCAGGAGAGCUUCCUGGCGCAGAGAGAUGAUCUCAACUCACAGCUACAGGAGUCAAACCGAGCAAAUAGUCGACUGCUGGAGCAGCUCACUGAACUUGGUCUGGAGAAGGACAAGCUACAGCAGGAGUUAGAGGAAGCCAGAAAGACUGCAGAUAAGCGUAAGGCCAUGCUGGAUGAACUGGCCAUUGAGAUGGCACAGGAGAAAUCUCGGCACAAAGAGGAACUCAGCAACGUGCGUUUGCAGCAUGAGAAGGAGGUGCUGAGCAUCAGGGCACGCUACGAGAAGGAGCUCCGCGGCCUCCACGAGGAGAAGAACCGCACGGAAGAGGAGAUCCGCUCACAGCUACGAGAUGAGAAAGCUCGUACCAAAGAGCUGGAGGGUCUUCAGCCGUAUGUAGAGGAGCUGAAAGCUCAGGUUCAGUCCAUGGAGGGGACGAAGGGCUGGUUUGAACGCAGACUCAAGGAGGCCGAGGAGACCAUGGAAAAAAACAAACUGGACCAUGCAGAAGAGAUCCAGCGGGUACAGAAAGAUCACAGAGUCCAGCUGGAGGCUAAAGCUGCAGAGGUGGAGGCAGUCAAACAGCAAGUGACGGAGAUGGGGAAAGAGAGAGAAGAUCUCAACGACACAAUCGGAAAACUCAAACAGGAGAUUAAAGACACGGUGGACGGACAGAGAAUCCUGGAGAAAAAAGGUAGUUCAGCGCUGAAAGACUUGAAGAGGCAGCUCCAUCUGGAAAGAAAGAGAGCAGAUAAACUCCAGGAGCGGCUGCAGGAGAUCUUAACCAACACUAAGACUAGGACAGAUUCUCUGUCCGUGAAUGCAGGUCUGGAGGAGCUGGUAUUGUCUGAGAUCAGUUCCCCGAGCCGUACGCAGCAGACGGGUGACAGCAGUAGCAUUUCCUCCUUCAGCUACAGAGAGAUCAUGAAAGACGGCGCAUCAGCUCCCAGCACCAAUAAGUCCAACACCAGCAGCCCUCAGUCCCAGCGACCUGCUGACCUUUCAGACGACGAGGUCAGUGAGCUCUUCCAGAGACUCGCUGAGGUCCAGCAGGAGAAGUGGAUGCUGGAGGAGAAGGUGAAACACUUGGAGGUCAGCUGUGCCUCAAUGGCUGAUGACAUCUGUAAAAAGAGUGCCAUUAUUGAGACAUAUGUCAUGGACAGCCGUAGAGAUGUAUCAGGAGGAGUUGGAGUGGUCCAUGGUGCUCAGGGUGAGCGUGGAAGUUUGAGUUCUGUGCUGAGGGACUUGGUGAAACCUGGAGAUGAGAAUCUGCGUGAGAUGAACAAAAAGCUGCAGAACAUGCUGGAAGAGCAACUGACAAAGAACAUGCACCUACAGAAGGAUCUGGAAGUUUUGUCUCAGGAGAUUGUGCGCUUGAGUAAAGACGGUACCCCUGCGGAAAACUCCAAAGCCACGGGCUAAAACUGGACAUCAUCCAUCCGAUGAUUCAGUAGCCUUCUCUUUCUCAUUCUCUCAUCUCUUCACGGCUAUCAAGAGGAAACUACAUCCAUCUCUUACAAAGUCCUCCAACAAUCUCAGAUGUACUAGGAGCACAGAGGGUUGAAACAGAUCAAGUCCAUCUGUGAUUCACAUACUACUGAAUGUAACGUAACACUUUAUAUGUUGUGUGUCUGUGACUGAAAAGAACUGGUGGAUAAGAGGCCGUCAAGCAAACCCUGGCUGCUUGACAUCCGUGAAGUGUCUGCUCGGGAUGGUGGCAUGGCCUCGGUGGUCCAAGCAGGACCGCUCUACCUACCACUAAUUCCCCUGUUCAGGAAAGUGCGUGUCCUCAAACUGUUAUCACUGUUGUAUUGCCUGUUUUGUAUAUUUGAUUCGCUAAAGACACUUAUUUUGUGCGUGAAUGUGUGUAUAUGGGGCGUAGAACGGAUCUUUUCAUCUAAAUUGUAUUUAUUUGUGCCAGAAAAUCCAAAUAUCAUCACAUCUACAUCUUAUGGUAUGCUGCUCUUGUCUGAAAGGUUCACUAUAUCAAAAAAUUAGGAAAGUUUUCCGGCGAGAAUGAGAUUUAAUUGCUGCGAUAAUUAUCUGAGCAUUUUUGUAGGGCUCUCAAAAUGUUCCCGUGAAGGAAAGCGGCUCCCUGGACUCCCCUCGUUAAGCAGCAAUCUCUCUGCAGCUUAACGACUCAAUUUGACACCUCUCUGUCUUUCUCAGAACUGACGGCGCUGUUGGGGAACGGACCAAUUUCUCACAGUGCGCACUUGACUCCUGCUCGACUCCCAUGAGAAGCUAGCCGCCUGUUUUAGUGUCUAACGCCAGUUUCGCCUGUGUGUGUCAAUGCCCCUGUUGCGACAUGAUUUCGCUUUUAUGUAUUCCGCUUUUCGUGAACAUUUUAAAUUGACACACACACAGACACAGAGAACUGUUUUAUUUGGAGAGUGUCAAGUUAAUUUAAUCGUGCGGUCAUUUGACUGAUAUUUUGCUGUCAGUCCUCAGGCUCACUUCAUAUUUUUACUGUGUAACUGCUUGCACUGAUGGCAAGCACUCUUGUGUCUUGAUUUUUCCAAACGUAACCAGCUUACUACAGCUCUUAUAAGAAUAUGCCAUAUUUAAAGGGAUAGUUCACCCAAAAAUGAAAAUUAUCCCAUGAAUUACUCACCCUCAAGCCAUCCUAGGUGUACAUGACCAUCUUCUUUCAGACAAACACAAUCGGUGAUAUAUCUAAAAAUAUCCUGGCUCUUCCAAGAUAUAUAAUGGUAGUGAACGGGGGGUAUGAUUUUUGAAGCCCAAAAAAAUUCAUCCAUCCAUCAUAAAAAUAAUCCAUACAGGUUAAUAAAGGCCUUCUGAAGUGAAGCAAUGGGUAGAAAAAAUAUCCAUAUUUGAAACUUAAUAAAAAUAUAUAUAUAUAUAUAUUAACUAGCUUUUAGCAGAAGACCGUACACAUCGAUUUGUGGCGGAAGAGUAACCUCUGACCCUACGCAUGACGUAAUGACGAACGCAUAAGCGCAGAGGAUAGAGCAAAACUAAACACUGGUCACGAAUUUAGAAGACUAAAAUUAGAAAUUUUAAAGAGAAAUGUCGGAGGAUUUCGAUAUAAGAGAAGAGGAGCUUGAGUUUGUUGCCCAGCCCUAUUUGUUUAAGCCACGAGAGGUGUCUAAGCUUACGAUACUCAUACAUCCUGCAUCAUACAUCACGUCAGGGGGUUACUCAUUUGGUCAACUUGCGCAGUAUGCGUACGGUCGUCUGAGGGAAGCUAGUUAUUUUACUUUAUAAAGUUUUAAAUAUGGAUAUUUUUCUUACUAAAACCCAUCGCUUCACUUCACAAGGCCUUUAUUAACCACCUGGAGCUAUAUGGAUUUUAUUUAUGAUGGAUGGAUGCAUUUUUUGGCCUUUAAAAUCGGGCCCCCCCUUCACUACCAUUACAAAGCUUGGUAGAGCCAGGAUAUUUUUAAAUAUAUCUCCGAUUGUGUUCAUCUGAAAGAAGAUGGUCAUAUACACCUAGGAUGGCUUGAGGGUGAGUACAUCAUGGAAUAAUUUUCAUUUUUGGGUGAACUAUUCCUUUAAUGUAAAACAAAUGAAAACUCAUUGAGUUGAUAAAAUGUCAGCCUCAUUUUCAUUCAUGUCAAAUUAAAUAUGGCAUCUACCCCGUCUAAGGUCCGUUGAUCAUUUUAGAGGCAAUGAAUAUUGACCAAACAACUAUGAGAUUAUUAUUUGUUGAGUUUGUUCUGAUUGCACAACAUAACAUAGUAGAUUGUAGUAACAUGAGAAUAUGGAUCUCACGUCCACCUUAUUCAUCAACGGUUCUGUAUUAAUUUAGAGAUAUAAGUGUAUAUUCACCUUGGCAAAAUUAUGUUUUAUUAGGUGUGAGAUGUGAACGAUUACCAUUCUAUUUCAAGCCUUUGCAUUGCUUUAAGCUUUAUUACGACAACGGUUCAUUUCCAUGUUCUUGGCACAUGAGCGUGACGUUUGUGAUUGGUGCGUUAAAUGCCUGUUAAAUCCCUCUCUCUGACUUCUAAAGGUAAUCCUGACGGAAUGCUUUUCCAUAUUGCAUCCAUUUAUACCAUGCAGAAGUAGAAAAAAUAUAAUAUUCUUCAUUUCUGCCAUUGAGAAAACUGACAUACCAAAAUUCACUUGGACCAUUGUGUUUAAAAGGAUGAAGGAUAUUUGCCUUUGAAGCUCAGAGUUGUUUUAGUUUUUGCCUUUUUAAACUAAUAUCUGCCAAACAAGCUUUCUUUAAUUAGGAUCAUCAGUUAAUCAUCACUAAUUACAUGCAAGCAGAUUCUAUUAUUAAUGUCCGAUCUCCCACUACGUCUCUACGACUAAUAUUUAUUUAUGUGCAUUUCAUUGUCAUGUUCAGACUUCCAUAACUUGCAGUGAUAAUAAAGAAUGGCUGGACAAAACUA